AAGACAUUGACAAUCAAUGGCUCGUCUCCAUCUCAUCAUCAUCCUCUUCUUCUUCUUCUUCUCGGCGGCCUUCGCCACGGGAAAGCCGCAUGCGUUUAUGAUGAAGGUGAGCAAACACGAUUUCGGCUAUCUCUAUUACAGCAGCAUCGAAGUGGGCACUGCUCAAAACUCGUUUUCAGUGAACCUGGUCCUCGAUCUCUCCUCCAAGUCACAGUUCCCCUGGUUCGACUGUUCCGCCACUCGCUACAACUCCUCCUCUUACCGUCCCUUCCGCUUCGGCUCCCCCGGCUGUAAACUCGUCAAGAACGCAGUUCCAUGGGACUGUCCCAAUGCCAUUGGAGCGCCGCCGACAAGCUUUUGCUUCAACCAAUCGUGUGGGGUGUUUCCUAUCUCUGACGUUGAGAUUGUGUAUAUCGGAAGCUUGGGCGAAGAUAUCAUGAGGCUCGGCUCCCGAUUCACCACUCCGCCGGUGGUUUUCUCAUGCGUCAACCCUUCCACCGCCGGAACUGUACCGGAGUCAUCACCGGGAAUACUUUCUCUCUCUAGGCACGUCCUCUCUCUCCCCAUGCAGCUCGCCUCAUCACUCCAACUUCCCCGGAAAUUCGCGCUCUGUCUUCCUUCCAAUACCAACCAAGAACCAGGCCGUGGCAGCCUUUUCAUCGGCGGCGGGCCAUAUCUCUAUCCUCCGUACUCGGGAGACGCUUCCGGUCUCUUCGCGACCACCUCGUUUGUCACGAACCCUGCCAUUAAAGCAAGACACAAGGGCGCAUCUCCUGGCGAUUACUUCGUCGACGUGAGAUCCAUCGAGGUGGACGGGGAAACGAUUCGUUUCGACAAGUCAAUACUGUCGGUUGACAAAAAGGGCAAAGGCGGGACGACAUUCGACAUCACUAGGCCCUACACCUAUAUGCGUUCCUCUAUCUUCAACCCUUUCAUCAAAGCCUUCAAGGCCAAAGCCAGGGCGAGGAAGAUGAUUGAGACGACCACUUAUGCUCCGUACAGCGCGUGCUUCGACCGGAAGAGUGUCCGGACGGGAAUCGCUGGACCGGACGUCCCUGCGAUCGAUCUGGUGCUACGAGACGGCAAGAAAUGGCGAAUCUACGGCUCGAACUUGAUGGUGGACGAUGGCGAGAGCUGGUGUUUGACGGUUCAAGGCGGGAGUGGAGUGAGGCCGGCGAUCCUUAUUGGAGGAAUCUUGGUGGAGAAUAAUCUGAUGGAGUUUGAUAUUGAAUCCUCCAAGUUCAGUGUCACGUCUUCUCUUUUAUUACACAACACCUCCUGCACUCGCUCUGCAACUGCUUGAUUCAUGUCUUAUUAGAUCCAAUGCCACAUAAUUAUGCAUCCAUUUGACAGAUGUUAAUUUGAAUAACAAAAACAUAAUCAUAGA